AUGUCGGAACCCAAAGUCACCGAGGGAGUCGAAUCGUGUACUUCGCCAACUCGAACAUGGUUCGAUCGUUUGUGUCUGGUGCAGAGACAUCAAGAUCCCAAAACUCACUCCCCGUGGCAGAAGCAUGCCAUUGUCAUGAUCGUCACUCUAUCUGCCUUCACCGCGCCUUUCGCCUCCUGCAUCCUCUUCCCGUCUUUCACCACUCUCGUCGAUUAUUUUCAUACAACCGAGACAAAAGUCGCCCUGACGACAACCGUCUUUCUCCUCGGUCUAGCGGUUGCUCCUUUGUGGUGGAGUACGUUAAGCCAGGAGUAUGGUCGCCGACCUGUGCUCGUGUUCAGCUUCUUGGUCUCAACGGUCGCUGUGAUCGUCUGCGCCGUGUCGAAUUCUCUCCCUUUGAUCAUCGUCUUUCGCCUCAUCGAGGCACUGGGCUGUUCAUCCGCACAAAGCGUGGGAGCAGGUGUCAUCAGCGAUAUUUAUAUAUCCACGGAAAGAGGAUCGGCGCUAGGAUGGUUCUACCUCGGCACAUUGAUCGGACCUUUGAUCGCUCCCAUCAUUGGAGGUGCUCUUCAAAUUUGGCUUGGCUGGCGAUCACCGCUAUAUUUCAUGGCCAUCUUCACAUUCAUUACCGCAAUCUUCACAAUGCUGUGUCUUCCUGAGACGUUGGUCACAGCUUCCAUGGAUGACCGCGAGGAAAAGCUUCGGUGGCACCAAAAAGCAAAGCGUGACGCCCUGGCACCUCUGUCAAAGUUGAAAUUCCUCUUAGUGCCAUCGAUCUCUCUGACAAUCACCUAUGUGAGCAUCUGCUUCGCCAGUCUCUACUGUUUCAACACGACUCUUCCUUAUGCAUACGCGGCGCCGCCCUACAAUUUCUCUUCUAUCGAGAUCGGACUGUGCUACAUCAGCAAUUGUCUUGGAUACGCAAUUGGAAGCGUCGUUGGUGGUAAACUGAGCGACGCCAAACUCCGUAAAUAUCAGCUGACGCAUGAUGGAGAGAUUCGCCCGGUUGAAAGGAUCAGGACCGUAUGGUACGGUGUUGGCUUCGUUCCAGCCGGCCUGAUUAUCUAUGGCUGGCUGGUCGAAAAACACGUCUUCUGGGUCGCACCUCUGGUUGGUGCCUUCCUUUUUGGACUAGGACUUAUGCUUGUCACCUCGACCAUUAUGCCCUUCCUUGUGGAUAUUAAACCGGGGGUGGGUGCUUCUGUUGUGGCUGAUCUCAACUUGGUCCGAAACAUUCUGGCCGCUAUUGGCACUGUUUUGUCUCCGAUCGCCGUAAGUAAUAUUGGCUUUGGAUGGUGGAUGACUAUUAUGGCCCUACUAUGCUCCUUGGCGGUCUUCUUGAUCGUGAUUGUUAUUUGGAAAGAAGGAGCUGGAAACAAGCCGGACUCGGAAUCUGUUGUGUGA